GUGGCACCAUGAAAUUCACCAUCAUUGCCCUCUGCUUUGCCCUCAGCCUGGCUGGCAUGACCAGUUCAGAAAAACUUCUAGACCGAAUCCGAGCGAACUCCCUGGAGAACCUAUCCCGAUUGGUUCCAUCUUUAUGCCUGCUCCCACCUGCGAGGGGCAACUGCGAUUCUCACAUUCUUCGCUACUUCUACAAUGCAACCUCUCACACCUGCGAGGUUUUCCUCUACAGUGGCUGUAACGGCAAUGGGAACAAUUUUGACUCGCUGGAAUGCUGCUUGAAGACCUGCAGACUCAACAAGUACAGGAACAAUAACUGAAGGUGACACUGACCAUUCUGGGAGCAGCUAGACUUCCACAUCACUUCCUUGACCA